CAUUACUUCUUUACAGGUAUCACUGCCCAGUGCCUAAAAUUUUCUAUGUCCAGUUAACUGUUGGCAACAGUGAGUUUUUUGGUGAAGGAAAGACUCGCCAAGCUGCUAGACAUAAUGCUGCAAUGAAGGCCCUCCAAGCUCUCCAGAAUGAGCCUAUUCCGGAAAAAUUACCUCAGAAUGGAGAAACGGGAAAAGAAACAGAAGAAGAUAAAGAUGCAAACAAGUCUGAGAUCAGUGUUGUGUUUGAAAUUGCUUUGAAGCGCAAUAUACCUGUCAGUUUUGAGGUGAUAAAAGAAAGUGGACCUCCUCACAUGAAGAGCUUCGUCACACGCGUUACAGUAGGAGAAUUCACUGCAGAAGGAGAAGGGAACAGUAAGAAGCUCUCAAAGAAACGUGCUGCAAUGUCUGUCCUUCAGGAGCUGAAGAAGCUUCCUCCUCUUCCUGUGAUUGAAAAGCCAAAACUGUACUUCAAAAAACGUCCAAAAACAAUAUUGAAGACUGGACCUGAAUAUGGUCAAGGAAUGAAUCCUAUCAGUCGUCUGGCUCAGAUCCAACAGGCCAAGAAGGAGAAGGAGCCAGAGUAUGUUCUUCUUUCUGAGAGAGGGAUGCCUCGCCGUCGAGAGUUUGUUAUGCAGGUACCAUCUGCUGUUGUGUCUGAGAUAGUGCCCUUGCUCUGUCGUGUUCCAACAUGAGAAAAAUGGUGGCAU